AUGCAUCUCAAGAACGUUGCCAACCUGGUUAUUGUUGGAGGGGCGGUCCUCGCUACCGCCCAUCCCGGUCAUGAGGAGAAACGUGCAGCUUCUGACCUCCUGGCCUUCAAGGCUAAUAUGCGUCGCGGGCUCGAGAAGUGCGCCGCUCGAUUCGAGAGCAGCGGGUUGAAUGCCCGUGCAGAGGCUCGUCGUCGAGCCCUUGUGGACUCACACCGCAAGCGGCUCGCGGCGCGAGAUACCUCGUCGGUCCUUAGCACUAACCACAAUGAGACUGGCAAUGGCAUCACCGCCGACUCAUCUGAGAGCGAGAUCUUCGGCACCAGCAGCAGCUGCGUCCUCAACCCAGAGGGCGAGACUGGUCCGUACUACGUCCCAGGCGAGUACGUCCGCUCGGAUCUGCGCGAGAGCCAGCCCGGCGUGCCUGUGACCAUCGAGGGCCAAUUCGUCGACGUCGAGACCUGCGAGCCCAUCACUGAUCUGUACUGGGACAUCUGGAACUGCAACGCCACUGGCGUGUACUCCGGUCUCGUCGCCACCGGUAACGGCAACACAGCCGAUACCUCUAACCUCAACGCGACUUUCCUGCGGGGUAUUCAAAAGACUGAUUCGGAUGGUGUGGUCACCUUCAACACCCUCUUCCCGGGUCACUACUCCGGCCGCACCACCCACCACCACAUGGUCGCCCACCUGGAUGUCACUGUCCAGGAGAACAACACGAUCACCGGUGGCACGGUUGCUCACAUCGGCCAGAUCUUCUGGGAUCAGGACCUGAUCAAUGCGGUCGAGGCCACGUCCCCGUACAACGAGAACACGGUCACCCUCACCACCAACGCGGAGGACCGGGUCUUUUCUGACGAGACGGAGAACUCUACCUCAGACCCCGUCUUGAACUAUGUAUACAUCGGCGACGAUUUGAGCGAUGGGCUUUUCGGAUGGAUCACCAUUGCCGUCAAUGUCUCGGCCACCUAUGACCCCAACUACAGCUUUAUCUACACUUCAAGCGGUGGUGAAGCCGUCGACGAUAGCUCGUCCUCCACCGGUGGAAGCGCGCCCGGCGGUAGCGGCUCCAGUGGCUCUGGUGGACCGGGUGGUAGCGGGCAGUCCAGCGGUGGCCAGCCUGGUGGUUUCUAGGCCAUGACCUCUGAAACCGUGGCCGUGCUUCUUUCCUGCUGCCGAGAAAGAGAAGACCAGACACACUUGCUGU